GAUAUAUUUUUUAAGUGACCAUUAAAUUUAAGUGUUAACCGUCGGGUGCGCGGUGUGUGUGUGUGUCGGGACACCCGUACGUACCGUUAGUUUACAUAUAUAUAUAUAUAUAUAAUUAGUGACCAACCGAUCGGGAUAUCUAUCGGUAGCCGUAAAACUAUAAGCCGCGUGAAUGACCUAUACUUCACGUAAAUAUCUGAAAACAAUGGUCAACAAUAUUAACGGCAGCGGCGAUGAAGCGGCGGACGAUGAUAGUGAUGGCCACCACCACAACCAACCGAAACUACAACUAUCGGCGGCUAUAAUGGACACCGAGGUGUCCGCCGCCGCCGCCGCCGUCGCCAACGCUGCUGACGAUGACGUUAUAGACGUAGUUAUGGUCGACGACGACGACGAUGAGGACAUACACGUCAAUGAUGUUGUUGACCACCACCACCGUCACCAUAACAACCACUCGCCGCAAGUAAUAGUGGCCGAACACGUUGUAGUGACCACUAGUUGUUCGCCGCCCACCGAAUCAGCCGUCAAGUCGUCGCUGGAUAAGACUUUUACUAUCGGCUCCGCCGCCGCUGUUUCGUCAGCCGCUGAUAACCCGCUGGUGAUGAUGAUGACCAAUGGCCACCACAAUCACCGCCAACAGUCGCAGCACAAUAACACCGCCGCUGCCGCUGCCCGACAGCACUUACGCGGCGCCGUCACUACUAGUGGAGGACAGCCGCCGCCGCCGCCAUCGUCUUAUAAGAUACUGUUAACCAUAUCGGAUGAUCUGUGCUAUACAUUGAAUAUUAACGGCAACAGUGGUGGCCAAACAUUAUCGGCGGUAAUGACGGCCAUACAAUUGGACGAACAAAUCAAACAAGAGUGGCCACUGUGGCAUCGAUUCCUGACCGAACCGCACCUGUUCUACGUCUAUAUCUACGAUCCAGAUUUUGGCCAAUACGUCCGGCACCGGCCCGGGAUGCUUGUCGGCCAUUUGGCCCGAUUGAAGAUCAAAAACAAGAUGAUGGUCUAUCAUCAUCAUAUGAUGACUGCGGCCAACCGAUCGCUACUGGUUGCCGACGAUCUCGACAUUGAACCAACCGAUGCAUUGGUCAGUACGGCCAGCAGUGUUGUUGGCGGUGGUGGCAGUGGCGGUACUACCGAUACCGGACCGACGGCUUCGACUCCCGCUACUACUACUACUGCUAGUAGUAGUUCACUGAAUGGUGUGGUGGGGGUGGCCACCAAUAGGACCUCUACCGUUACCGAUGGUGGUCAUCGUCAUCAUCAGCAACAGCAACAGUCAGAACUGUUGUCAUCUAUGGUAACGACGACUAAUGAUAGCCAACAACAAUCACAGUCACAACAGCAACAGCUUAUGUCCACCACUUCCUCCCCGACUAUCACUACCAACACCUCCUUCACCUCCUCCUCCUCCUCCUCUCUAUCACGUCUUAACAGUGAUGAUGAUAGCAAUCGUAAUAAUAAGACACACCAGAAACAGUCGGACAGUGCAAUCACUACUACCACUUCCUCUACUAUCACUUCCUCUUCCUCCUCCUCUCCCAUCACUACUACUACUACUACCAGUCCUUUAGUAGACACUAAUAAUACCGAUAAUACCGAUAAUGACAUUAAGCCUAUCGGUAAUAAUAGUGUCGUCAAGACUACUGACCAGAACUCGUUUCUUAAAUCUUCAUUAAACGCCAGUCAAGAGCAUCAUAAUUAUCAUCUGUUGAGCUCAUCCACUACCACAUCAUCGACAUCAUUGACAUCAUUACCAUCAGCACCACUAUCACCACCACUACUACUACUAUCGGCGCCAUCAUUAGGAUCAUCGCCUACAGCUCCGAUCAAUAAUAAUACUAAUAAUAAUACGACAGUCAUAGCACCCACCAAAUCAUUCACCAAUAAUACUACUAAACCAUUAUCAUCGACAUCAUUGAGAACAAGAGCCGCACCUGUAGUCAAAUCAGAGUCGUCAGCACCGGAUGGUCAGCAACAGUCACUAGUAGUGACAAAAGCGACAAAAAAGUUAUUUACAUCAUCGGAGGCGACACCACCUAAACAGCCGACGACGACAGCUACUGUUGUUAACAACAUAUCCAAUCAGAGGACCAGUACUACUACUAUCGGCACCGGUAGACUAUUGUUGGCCAACCCACCAGCAGCAGCAGCUACCGCCGCCCCCGAUGAUGAUGAUGAUAACGAUGAGGAUAACGGCGACGAUUACGAUUGGUCUCAGCAACAGGUGGUCACUCUGCUAGAGCUGUGCAAAGCGCACACCAAAGUCUUGACAAUGAAAGCCCAACUAUCGGAUGUUUCGGCCAGUGUUUGGCAUCAGUUGGCCACUGAGCUUAACACCACUACAGGUUUAGGACGUCAGCAUCGGUUAGACGGCAGUCAGUGUCUGAAAAAGUUGUCAAUAUUGAGAAACGCCUACAAAAGUAUACUGUGUUCGGUAAAAGACGAAACCCGAUGGCCAUACUAUGAGCUAAUGCGGACAAUAUUUGGCGACAAACCGCCGACACCUUACAAACAACAGCAACAACAACGUCUAUCAUCAACGCCGACAACUCCUGCGGCGACGACGACGGCCACUAAUCGCCGAUCGACGUCGACCACUGUUUCCGCGACGGCUGCUAACGGCGGUAGUAGUAGACAGCCAUCGAAACCGGCAAUGAUUGCCGGUAUUAUACAGACCAGAGCCCAGUCGGGUGUCGGCAAAAAACAACAACAAUCGCUACGUCCGGCAGCGGCUACGGCUACUGCGGUAGUAGUCGGCAAACAUCAUCGUCAUCAACAUCACCACCAACAACACCAACAACAACAGCAACAAUCGCAGCGUAACAAUCGUAAAAACGGCGGUACAUCUAAUGGCCACAACAACAACAACAAGUCGUCGGCGGCAACAACAACAACAAUGGUUAGACAACGUGCACCACAACCGGCCAAACUGGGCUCCGGGGCAUCGCAUCCGGUCAUGAAAAACAGUGCCAACCAGGAUGUUAGUGAACUAUAUGUUGCGCUAUUGAAUUUGGUUAAGAAAUAUAUGAAAUAUUUUGAAGUGGAGAAAAAAAAUCAGAUCUGGUCUCGGAUUGAAAAAGAGAUGAACGGUGCCGGCUAUAAAUGGAAUGCCACCUCAUUGAGAGCCCUGUUCCAUAGGCUCCGGUAUACCUAUUUGAAUAUAUUGAGAAAAGUCGGCGACGAAGAGCUGGCAAUGAAAAGUUGGCCAUAUUUUCGCUACUUUCAUGGCUUGGAUUUGACUGCAUUCCGAUGCCGUAAAACCGAUGCCGGCCUAUGUCUGACCACACACAACAACAAGUGCAACAAACGGCCGAAACUAUCUGCCGAUAGUUCCGCCGCAGCAACGGCUGAGGCGGCCACUAAUGGCGGCGGCGGCGGUGGCGGUACUAUCGGUAGCGAUGAUGACGAUAGUAAACAACUAGUGGUCAAGAAAAAGAAAAAGUUUUCGACGGCUAUUUCGACGACAACACCGGUAGCAGUAGUGGCCAAACGUGGACGCGGUCGACCACCUAAACAGACACCGCAUCCGCCGCCGCCAACUACCGCUACCGCGACUAACAAUAGACACGAAUUAUCAGCGUCGGCGACAGCGGCGACAGCUGCUGAUGACGGCCGCCGUCAACGACUUAUGGUGGACAGUACAGAAUCGGCGGCCGCCGCCGCGGCACCCGAUAUGCUGGACAUUGCCGGCAAAUGUGUUGUCCAAUUUCACGAGUAUAGAGACGACGACAACAAUCAUAGCGAUGACGACGACGACGACGAAGAGAUUGAUGUCGAAGGUGUCGACGAUGAAGAAGAAGUAGACGAAGAAGAAGUGGAUGAAGAGGAGGAGGAAGAAGAGGACAAUGACGAUGAGGACGAAGUGAUGGUCACCGACGACGACGACGAUGAAGAGGCCGUCGAAAAUAAGAGACUAUCGACUACUACUACUACCGGAGCCGUCGCCGUCGCCGCCACCGCUGGCUCUGUCAUUGUCGACAAAAACAAAGACAUUGAAAGACGUGGUCUGUGUCUGUAGUAGUAGUAGUAGUAGUAGUAGUAGUAGUAAUAGUAUAGACUAACUGAUCAUUUAAUUUGAUUGAGAUUUCAAUUGUCCAUAAAAUUAUUUUUUUGUUGAUUUUUUUUGUUUUAUACUGUAUUUGCAUCACUUAAUCGAUUUUUUAUUCAUAUUUUUUUAUUAAUUAUUAUUAUUAU